AUGGGGAAUAUUUUUGCAAACCUGUUUAAAGGCCUCUUUGGCAAGAAGGAGAUGAGAAUUCUAAUGGUGGGGCUGGACGCAGCAGGAAAGACCACCAUUCUGUACAAACUUAAGUUGGGCGAGAUUGUUACGACCAUCCCAACAAUAGGUUUCAAUGUGGAGACUGUAGAAUACAAGAAUAUCAGCUUCACUGUGUGGGAUGUUGGUGGCCAGGAUAAGAUCAGACCUUUGUGGCGCCACUACUUCCAGAAUACACAAGGCUUGAUAUUCGUUGUUGACAGUAAUGACAGAGAGAGGGUAAACGAAGCUAGGGAAGAGUUGACGCGAAUGCUAGCAGAAGAUGAACUCCGAGACGCUGUCUUACUAGUAUUUGCAAACAAACAGGACCUUCCCAAUGCUAUGAAUGCGGCAGAGAUAACCGACAAGUUGGGUCUGCACGGCCUUCGUCACAGAAACUGGUACAUCCAAUCCACAUGUGCGACAAGUGGUGAUGGCCUCUACGAGGGAUUGGACUGGCUCUCCAACCAGCUGAAAAACCACAAGUGA